GGGCGCCGCCGGCCCGCGUUCGCCGGUUGGCGAUCGGGGGCUGGGGACGGGCGCGGGAUCGUCGUGCGCGUGCUCGUCGUUCCUGGUUCUUCGGCUACAUUCCUUCCAUCCCUCAUCCCUCCUUUGUCCAUGUCGGUCGGCUCAGGCCCAGGAGGCUGGGUCCCUUGGACUCACCACUCGCGGCCGGAUGGGCUCCUCAGACAUGGCGGCCUCGAGGACCGCCGUUGCAGGCGCAGCCCUGCUGGCCUGCAUCGGGCUCGUGGGCUCGCACGUGCAGGCUGCUCUCGGCUUCGUCGCCGCGGCACCGGCCGCGAGCGCGCCGCAGGGAGCAGCAGCCUGGCCGGUGCGGCCCGCCAGUGGGCCGUUGCGCGUUUCGGCGCCGCGGUGCGGCACAGAGUAUGGUACGGCCAGCAUGGUCGCCGCGGCGGCCGCUUUGGCCGGGACGUUGAUGGGCCGCCGUCGCGUCAAGGUGGCGACGCAGGCCUCCAGAGUGGGUUUGCCCAGAAGUUUGCAGACGGUGAAGGGGAAGAAGCCGAUCAUCCACCGCGUGAUCUUCAGGGACAUGCUCAGUCGCGUGCACAAGCCCUUGAUGAAAAGGUUCAACCAGGAGGGCAAACUGAACGAGCUCGAGAAAUGGACGAAGAACAUGGCCUACGGGAAGAUGAAGUUCAGGUUCACGUCCAGGCACUUCACCGACGACCUCAACAUGAUCGGUCACGGCCUUGGGAUCGCGGCCGUGGCCUCGUCUCAUUUGACCCGUCCUUGCAGCCAGG